CUUUAUAUCCUUAGUUUGGUGAUUGGUUUGGUGGUUGUUUUGAUUUGGUGCGGCCGACGUAAUUGCCAUCAACAAGAGAAAAGGACGAAAAAAGAGAUGCCGUGUUUUGUGAUCUGGUCUGGUUCUGGUUGGGAAUUUUUGUGUCACACAUUUGACGUUUUUAUUCACAAAAGUGAGGCCAAAGUUCCUAAAUUGGCAACCGCUCUGAAUUCGUCCUGCGGCCCUCAUUCGGCCACUUCGUAUAAAAGCACCCAAGACGGCCAAGACACAAAAGCAUGCUUUCGUCGCCCAGACAGGGACUGGGGACUAUGCAACUUCUGCUCAAAACUAAUUACAUAUACAUAUCAAGAUCAGUCCUGUAUUAUAUUGCAGCAACUUGAUUAUAUGUAUAUCAAAGACUGGAAGGAUCUGAAUAUAAACUCAUGCCAGGAAAAGAGAGGAUUGGAAAACUUUUAUCUUUUGAGUGCUAAAAGGAGUCUUUAAAGAAAAUACAU